UUAUCGCACAUCCCAUUGCCCUCGAUUGCCAUCGCACGAAGGACUGACAAACCGACGGGAUGACGUCGAAAAAGGGACGAAAUAAGACGUAGGAGGCAGACGGCCGUCCGCGGACCGUUGGCCAGAAACGAGUCUACGUGCAUGUUUGAAUGGAGGAGGUAUCAAAGAGAACGCAUGUUAGUGUACAUAGUGAAAUUUACCCUGUGAGUUUCGCAGCGAUUGUGAGCAACGCCGCUUCAUCGGGCCGGGUCUGGCUUAUGGUGAAUCACAUUCAUAACCGGAGGAGUAUCAGCACGAGGCUCGGCCUCCGCGGCAAUAUGGUGAAAGUAAUAAACAACAGUGGCAGAGCAUAUAACACAUUUGACGAUUACUGCCCAGAAGCGCAAGGUGAAAUGACGUACCCUAAAUUUCCUUCCGCACAAGUCGCCACACUCGAUACCACAAGGAAGCGUCGAACAAAUCGCAACAGCAAAGAUGAAAAUUCUUUGGUUAAUGCAGUGGAUGGUCCGAAAGGCCCCAAGGAACCAAAGACGUUUUAUGGAUCUCUGAAUAGCAGUAAAGCCAAUAACUUAAUUAGUGCAGUCACCCGAAAGAAAGAGACAAAGAUAACUUCUUACUUCUCUCCAUCAAGAUCUCCACCAGCUGCUGAUGAUGCAGAAGGAACUCCAGGUGAAACGUUGGCCAAUGGGAGCUGUGGAUUGGAUCUAGAGUUUUCGAGUGCCCAGCUAACUCGACCUGUUUCAUCUUCUGCUCCCACAACACCAACCAGAAUGGUGAAUGGUACCACCACUGGGAUGUCUAGCACUGUCUCAGCCCUCAUCACCCCCCCAAAGCGAACAGUAUGUACGAGAAGCCAGGCACUGAAGGAGCUCCAGUUACAGCCUCCCAAGGAUAUCAGUAGUUUUGCAGGAUUGACAAAAUGUCCUUUAACUGUACAGUGCCCCGUUAGUACAAAUUCUCCCAGCUCUUCGUUAGGUGCGACGUCUGGCGAUGAAGGUAACAGUCUUCACACUGGCCCUCCAACACCUCACAAAAUCCAAGCACUUAAUGAAGAAGUUUUAAGGUUGGAUUCUCCAUUAUCACCUUCUUCAGCCUUGUCAAAGCUAAAGCUUUCUAUGCCCACCAAGAAACUUGUUUUCAAUGGAAAGACCACAAAAGCCAGAAGAAAGUUACCAACCCAAGCACCUGGCCGGAUACCAUCGCAACCAAAAUCAGAGAAGGCUGUUAAAACAGAAACCAGCACAGUAGUAACAAAUGGGGAAGCUAAACCUGUGUUACGUGACACUCAAAUGACAGAGUUUUUCCAAAUUAGGAGAUCGAGACGCAAGCCCAAAACAACUUUAUUACAAGAACGUCAGAAAGAAAUAGAGGAAAGAAUUUUGAAUAGCUGUGAGGAUGGAUUAAAGGUUGAAAACUUUGGAGCCAAAGGCCGAGGUGUUAUCACUACAAGACGUUUUGCCAAAGGUGAAUUUGUGGUUGAAUACAUAGGAGAUUUGAUUGAUAUGAAAGAGGCGAAAGACCGUGAAAAAUUAUAUGCACAAGAUGCAUCCAAAGGAUGUUAUAAUUAUUACUUUACUUUUCAAAAUCAACAGUACUGUAUUGACGCUACAGAGGAGACAGGAUAUCUUGGGCGUUUGGUCAACCACAGUCGAAAUGGUAACUUAGUCCCUAAGGCAGUUGAAGUAAAUGGCAGACCACACUUAAUUUUAUUAGCCAAAACAGACCUACCCUGUGGCACAGAGAUUCUCUAUGACUAUGGGGACCGGUCGAAAGAGUCAUUACAGCACCAUCCAUGGUUAGCAUUGUGAUUACCACUUAGGAUUUAAAUUUAUAUUAGUUUUUUAAGUGUAAGUUGAAGCUCACUGGGGUUAGUCUAUAAUUUCAAACAUCACAUGUCAUAGUAAUCUUAGAGAAUGUGUCAGUAUUAGAUUUUAUGAACAGAGUAAGAAAUUACAGUAUUUGUGUGUGGUUUGCAAGAAGUGUGAUGAAAAUUUAACUGAAUGUAAUGUGCAUUUAAAGGUCAUAGUUACUCCCUUACACAUAAAUGUUGCAUAAAUACAUUCUCUGCAUAUUUAUAUAGUCUUCGCUCUAGAAUUAUCUGCUAUAGAGGUAUCUGCUAAAUAGCUACACAUCAGAAUGUAAAAAGAAAAUCCCUGAAUUGGAUGUCUUGUGAUACAGAACCUCAGUAUUUUUUAAGGAAUGUACAGAACUGCUUUUCAUGAAGAUAUAAUUACUAUUGUGUAUUGAGAAUUGCAUUUUUGAGACAUCCAGUGGAUUUACAUAAAAAAGUUUGAUGAUUUUAAGUUUUAGCCAAAUUUAGUCUACCUGUUAGUUUUAGUUUUCCAUUCCCACUGAAAGUCUUAGCUAUGUGUAAGAUGCAGUUACCGACACUUAGAAAUAGUGGUCUCCAAACAGGUGUUUGGUAUCUACUGUUUUGUAAGCCAUUCACUGCCUUUACAAGCCUCCAAUAUGCAAAGUUUGCAUUGUGAAUGCUUGACAUUACAGUUACUCUGGACUGAUGAUGAAGCCUACCUAAAAUGCUAAUCCGCAUCUUCAGUUUAACUGUCUAAUUGAGGUUCAUAGAUGGUGCUAAUCCCUCCUGUUUGGAUAGUGCAUCAGUUGGAUUCAGUAACUGUUUUGAUUUUCACAUGUCAACAGAAAUAACUGUUGCUCCCUUCAAGGAAGGGGACAUUCAGGACUUAAAGCCAUGAGGAAAUAACUGGAACAUUUGUAGCUGGUGGUUCUGUUGUGGGGAGCUGUGAGAUAGGGACCCACACCUGUACCAAAGAAGAAUUUUAGCACAGCUGAUAACUGCACCAUCUGUGUGUGUUCAUUUUGGAAUCGAAAAGCUGGAAAUGUUGUACAGUAGUCUGUAUUAAGCACUUUUGUGUGGGUUGGAAAUUGGAUGGAGAAUGGGAAGUCAUUAAAAAAUUGCUGGAGUAAGUCAUACUAGUCACCAAUUAUAUUGGUAUUGUCAUUCAUGAGUUUAAUUUGAAAUUGAAUGGUAAGCAUUCCAAAGGAAAUGGUGUUUUUUGUUUUUAGAUUUGUUUUGAUUGGUUAGUUUGCAUGAGCUAUUGUGUAAAUGAACAGUAGGAAGUCUUGGGAAAUUAAUUUGAGAAUAAGUAUAGAUUUUUGGGGAUUUCUCACUUGAAGGUAUUAUGGAACUCAUCCUCCUACUUAUGGGAUCCUUUGUCUUGUAGAAAUGAUGUAUUUUUAAUCAUGUUUGAGUUUUUCCUAGAUUCCCAUUUUGGGAAGCUGCUUUGUGAUAUGAUUUCCUGAUUUUGGUUGUAUUUCAUGGUCCUUUCCUACGUUGUUUCUUUCAGUUGUACGCUGUCGAACUCUAGAACUUUCUCAAAGCCAUUUUUUGUUGAACACAAUUGUAGGAUGUGAUACAUUGUCUAAUUUUGGUGUUACAUCUUCCACAUUUAAAAUGAUAUUUUGCUUAAUAUUCAUGUAUAGAAUUUGAUCUUUGGGGUAGCACUGUGGUUUUGAUGGCUUUUGUAAGUGCACGUUGAAGCUGUUAUAUCCAGUGCAUUUGGAAUGUAGUUAAAUGAGUUUAGUCCAUGUUCUUGACGACACUACAGUAUUAGACUAUCUUGGUUUUGUCACUUUGCCUUUCUCAUACUUGGAGUGUCUUAAAUGUACUGUAUAAAGUAAUUGAAUUAUUUAAAGAUAGAAAUUUUUUUAUAGGAAAGAGAAAUUUUUUUAUAGGAAAGUGAGCUAAACAAUCAAGUUUUUAUGGUGCAGAAACUUGGGACUUUGUGGGGUUGUGUUUGAAGAGGAGGGACCUAAUGCAGUUCUUCGUACCAUUCUUUUGUGUAUUUCUACAUGCCAUAGCAACAUAGCAAGUUCUCUUUUAGACCAGUUCCAUGGUCUUUGUUUACCUUUUGUGUAGAUUAGGAGAAUGUGUUACAGCAGGAAUUUUAAUAUUGAUAAUGGUUGUAUGCAGGGAAUUGGAGUACUGUACUGUAUUUGGUUGGCUCUGGUGUAUAUUUCAUCCUAGUUUUGUUUUUGCAUGCAAGUAUUAUUUGUUUGAUAAACUUUGCUGUUCAUGAUGAGACAGUGUGCAGAGACCCUUUCUAACAAUUAAUGCUUUAUGAAAAUAUAGGAAUUAUUUAAGUUAUUCCAGGGAACUCAGUUGCACUGCCAAGCUUUUUUAAGUGGUGUUCUCUUGACAAGUUGCAUUUUUGUGGCCUCAUGUCCAUGAUGGUGCCUUUUGAAAAUGAGAACUUUUUGUUUUAAUUAAUUUUUAUGUUUUUAUUUAAUCUUGCUUUUGAUUAAGUUUUAUUUUUUAUUUUUCAAACUUUGUCAAAGAUUAAUGAAAGAUAAAUUUUACCAAGUACAAAAAAAAAAAAAAAGACGGAAGGAUUUGCUCGUGCAUUUAGGUAGAUGCUUGUGUGACUCCCUUCCUAUAUUAUUCCUUCUACUGUACUGUUAAUGUGGCCAAUUUAGAUUUAGCAAUUUAAAUUACCUCUUCAUAAGGAAAUCAAGGAAACACAGCCAACUCUGGUUUAUUUUGUAUUUUUUUAAGAUUUUUUUUCUUUUUUUCCAUCUGAAACACAGACAUAUCUCGGUAUGAGAUAGCUAACACCAUACGUAGUAAUUAAGCUAAAUGAGAUAUCAGGAGGUAAAAAGAACAUGGAAGUGUUGUUUUGCCUGUAUUCAGUUAUGUAAAGGAGAAAUAAGUGGUCCGGUUAAUAGUAAUAAAAAUAAACAGAAGUUGAAAAAGACAAUAAUAGUAAUAGAGAAAUAAGGAAAGAGAAAAAUGGAAGAGUAGUACAAAGACAAUAAUAAUAAAUUCAAAUUUUUACAAGAAAAGAUGUGUUUCUUACCCCUACUUCACUGUCUUGAGAUAUUAUUAUAAACUAAUUAAAAUUUUAGUUUCAGACAGUGUAGUACUAUCUAGAUUGAAAACAAAAAAUCAAGUAGUUUCAGCCUUUUAAUUAAAGAAAUGCUGGUCUCAGAAAGCUUGAAGUUGAGACGGUGAAAAUUCUUACGUCUACCAGAUAAUGUAAUAUUGAACCAGUUUGUUACUUUUGGACUAUUAAUUAGUAUUUAUAUGGCAAGGAAGGACCAAAAACUCCUGAGAGAGUUGAUGAUGGCCUGCACCCAGUGGGGAACUCAGAGCAAGAUUACACAGGCCAGAAGGGUCUAGAUGAAGCUCAUUUGACAUCUAAUCUUGCAAAGGGUAAAAAUAAACAAGAAAAUGAAGUGUGUUAUUUUGAAAGUUACACAAAAUAUAAAUUUAAGGGGGAAGUUAGAAAUUGCCAAGUAGUAGUUUUGAGAAAUUAUUAGUUCCCUCAAAAUGAGUCACAUGUCUGUGAGAAAAAUUUAGACUGGUUGCAGUAGAAACCCAUCCUGCAGUGAAAGAAUGGAAUCAGUUUCAUGGGCUGGAAAUUAAGCAACUGUUGUUCGCUGUAAGGUUCUUUGAGGGGAUUGUACUUAAGAAUUUUGAAAGAAUUUAAAAAAUGUAGUCAAUGGAAGUGGAAUAUUCACUGCCACAUUUUGAAGUAUAUUCUACUUUUACUUUGCUCUGAUGCCUCUUAACUAUAGAAUGCAUCUUUCCAUAGGAGUUUGCAAGGUAUUGUUUUUCAACUGGUCUCGCAACAUAGAUAAGAAAGAUUUGCUUGUGGUAUUUCUUUUGUGUAA